AGCUACGCCAGUGACACCAGCAGCACCAGUGACAGCAGUGAUGCUGCUCCAGUGACAGCACCAGCAGCAGUGGUGACAGCAGUUUUACCGGUGACACCAGCGACACCUGCAGCACCAGAUACACCAGUAACACCGGCAGCACCAGUGACAGCAGUGGCACCAGUGACACCAGCGACACCUGCAGCACCAGAUACACCAGUAACACCGGCAGCAGCAAUGACAGCAGUGGCACCAGUGACACCAGCGACACCUGCUGCACCAGCAACACCAGUAACACCAGCAGCACCAGUGACAGCAGUGACACUUGCUGCACCAGUGGCACCAGUAGCACCAGUGACAGCAGUGAGACAACAGUGGCACCAGUGGCACCAGUGACAGCAGUGGCACCAGUAGCACCACCAGCACCGUGACACCAGCAGCAUCAGCACCAUCAGGUACAUCAGCUACACGAGCUACCCCAGUGAUACCAGUAACUCCUGUGACAGCUGUGACAGCCAGCGGUGACACCGGCAGCACCAGUAACACCAGUUAUACCAGUAACACCGGUGACGCCACUCCCCACCGCAGACCGCGCUACCUCCCACUUCUCACCAAAGUGACGCCGGUCACGUCAGGUCACACCAGUUCACACCAGUAUGAACUACCACUAGAAGCAUGAACGAGCGUCCCAGCACGGACCAGUCACUCCAGAAACAGUGCACGGGGCACGGGCACUGGCACUGGGCUGGGGAUGUCCCCGGGCCACCCCCCACUGCACACGAACGUGGGCAGCGGGGGGACCCAUGGGACACCCCUAGCCCCGAGGUCCCAUUUUAACGCAUCCCAGUCUGGCCCCAGGACAAGGAGCCUGCCCGCCCCAGUACCGGUUGGUUGCUCCCGGCCCCGCCCGGCCCCGCCCGGUUCAGUGGGUCCCACCCGUGGGCGGUAGGGCGGGGCUGAGCGGCCGCGGGCGGCGAGACCGGGACCGAGAUGGCGGGACCGGGGCUGGAGCGGCAUCGACUGGCACUGCUGGCGGCCAGAGAAGAUGUGGGCAACCCCCGGGCGGGUACCGACUGGGCCAUCUUUGCCUAUGAGAAGCACCAUGACCUCAAGCUCCUGGACUCUGGAGCUGGAGGUCUGGAUGCACUGGCCAAAAAAUUCUCUAUCACCAGCAUCAUGUAUGGGCUGUGCCGCACCCAGGAUCCUGGCACUGGUGGCCACCGCAUUGUCCUCAUCCAUUGGGUUGGGGAGAAUGUUCCAGAGUGCCAACGCCAAGUAUGUGCUGGGCAUCUUCCUGCCAUCCGAUCCUUCUUCAGGGAGGCCAGCGUGGUGCUGAGUGCCCAUCGUGCCGAGGACGUGACGCAGGAGGGGCUGAGACGGGUGUUGGCACAGAUGGCACCCACUACCCCGCCUCCAAUUAGGAAGAUGCCCCCCACCCGGGACACCCAGGAGCUGGUGGGCACCAACUACCGCAAGACCAACCCAGCACUGGAGAUCCAGCGCACCAGGAGGGACAACUUCUGGGCCCAGGCUGAGCGCGAGGAAGAGCAGCGGAAGGCAGCAGAGCGGCGGCGGGCACUCGAGGAGCACCGGCGCUGGGAGCGAGAGCGGAUGGAGGAGGAGCGGCGGGAGGCGGCCGAGCGGGAGCGGCGGCUGCAGGAGACUGAGCGCAGGAUCGAGGAGCUGCGGAAGGAGCAGGCACGACUGGAAGCGGAGGAGCGCAGGAAGGAGAAAGCACGAUGGGAGCAGCAGCAGCGGGAGCAUGAGGAGGCCAUGAGGGACCGCAACCGGCACAGCGAAUCCAUCGAGAAGGCAGCCGAGGCAGCUGUCCUGGUCUCACAGCGCCCACAGAACCCCCGGGAGUUCUUCCAGCAGCGGGAGCGCUCAGGGUCCACCUCCAGCCCCUCACCAACCUCCCCAGGUCCUGGUGCCAGACCCGGUGCCCGCCGGCCGUUUCUGCGGUACCAGCGCAGUCUGACAGAGUCAGCCUUCAUCUUCAGCCGACCAGACUUCCCUGCAGCCCCCAGCCCUGGGGCAUUCAGGGCCGUGCCUCCCACCAGCCCACAUCGGCCCCAACCUCCCCUCCCCACCAGCCCCAUGGGGACAGGGACCCCUCCCUGGUCCCCCACCAGCCCCACUGGGAGGAGGACUCCUCCUUGCGCCAACUUGAGGACACCCCCGAGCCCAGCCAGAUCAGGGCACUUCCAUGCCACCAGCCCUAUGGGGACAGACACUCCUCCUGGUCCCACCCUGGGGACCCCUUCCAGCCCCAUGGGCACAGGGACCCCCCCUAGCCCAGCUAGAGCAGGACCUCUCCAUGCCACCAGCCCCAUGGGGACAGGGACUCAUCCUGGUCCCACCCUGGGGACCUCUUCCAGUCCCAUGGGUACAGGGACCCCCCCUAGCCCAGCUAGAGCAGGACCUCUCCAUGCCACCAGCCCCAUGGGGACAGGGACUCAUCCUGGUCCCACCCUGGGGACCUCUUCCAGUCCCAUGGGUACAGGGACCCCCCUUAGCCCAGCUAGAGCAGGACCUCUCCAUGCCACCAGCCCCAUGGGGACAGGGACUCAUCCUGGUCCCACCCUGGGGACCUCUUCCAGUCCCAUGGGUACAGGGACCCCCCCUAGCCCAGCUAGAGCAGGACCUCUCCAUGCCACCAGCCCCAUGGGAACAGGGACUUCCCCUGGUGCCAACCUGGAGACUCCCUCCAGCCCCAUGGGGACAGGGACUCUUCAAUGUGCCACCAUAGGGAGCCCCACCAGCCCUACAGCAACAGAGACCCUUCCUUCUGCUAUCCUGGGGAUGCCAGCUAGGGCAGGACCUCUCAGUGCCACCAGCCCUAUGGGGAUAGGGACCCCUCCCUCUGCCACCCUGGAGAACUCCUACUGCCCCAUGGGGACAGAGAUGAAACCUAGUGCAAACUUGGGGACCCCCUCCAGCCCCAUGGGGACCGGGACCCCUAUCUCUGCCACUCUGGAGACUCCCCCCAGCCCGGCUACAGCAGAGCCCCCCCAUGCCACCAGCCCCUUCGGGACAAAACCUCCUACCUGUGCCACUCUGGGAACCCCUCUUAGCCAGCCGGGGACAGCGGCAGAAUGUGUCCCCACCGUGCCUGGGUCAGAGCCCCUGCUUCGCUCCAGCCCUCCCAGCACGGGGGGAGCGCUGUUCGCUAACAGCACUGCUGAGGCAGAGCUCCUGCCACCCCCCAGCCCUCCCCAGGAUGAAGAGGGACUCCCCCCGGAAACCUUCCCCCUCCCCAGCCCUCCAGCAUGGAGCUCUCCGGAGCUGCUGAUGGGGUCAGACGAGAGGGUCCUCAGCCCCCGGGGGGGAACAACCCUGCCUGAGACGCCUCCAUGCAGCCUCGGCCUCCCCAGCCAGCCGCAGGAUCGGGCCCUUCCCUCCCUGGGACACCGGGGGCCGCAGACAGACUCUGCGGAGCGGGAGCCGCCCCGGGGUGACUCGGGGCACAACGGCAUCGGGGAGCAUGAAGAGGGCAGCUGGGGGCACUCGUGGGAGCGGGACCCCUCCUCGGGGCAGGGGGUUGAGCCCAGCGAGAGCAUCCUCCUGCCCCAGCCCCUGCACAAGGACAAGCCAGGCUUCGCCCUGCUGCUGGCCCGAGACCCCGCUCUGCAGCUGCCGGGGCACUCCAGCCUUUCCACUAAGGAUGAUGAUCGCUCCCCCCACGCUGUGUAACUUGGGGGGGGUACACGGCAGACCCUCGGGACACAAACACACUCCUAUGGCACGACGACCACCAGUCCUGGCUCCACCUCACCGGACGCCCCCUCACUGCACAUCACAGACAGCCCUCCCCACAGCCCCCCCACAGCACAGUGUGUUCCCCCUCCCCCAUUUACACCCCAAAAAGCAGCUUUAGGAAGCAUCUGGCACAGCCAGCCCCAAACAAGGAGGGGUAGGGGGCACAGCUGCCCCACACCAGGCCGAGCAGAGGAACCCCCACUCCCUGUGCCCCUGUCCACCCCACACACCCCCCAAAUCACGCAGUGGCUGUUAAAUAAAUUUUAAUGCAUAUUAA